AUUGUGUUCGUACUAGACCUCUAUACCUUACAUGCAUGUGCGCCAUUGAUGGCUUAACAGUGUUGUUCAUCCUAUAUAUGUGUGUAUAAGUCGAUGCAAAGUUACUGGUAAAAUCUACAGCAAGACAAGCAAUGGCGAUGGCGACGCUGUGGCUGGCAACAGGCGCGUCCGCGAAACUGUGCUUCCCCGGGAAGAUGGACGCGAGCUCAGGAAGAGGGGGGAUCAGCCGGAUCUUCUGCCCCGCGCAUUCAAGAACCCUGGCAAGGAGAUGGACUGUCGCUGCAGCUACCGCUGCGCCCGACGGUGGGAUUCACCUGGAGUGUGCGCCGGUGCCGCCGGAGCAGGUGGAGAUCAUCCAGUCGAUGAACGGGUGGGUGGCGGAGAACAUGCUCCCGCUGCUCGCCCCCGUGGACUCGUCGUGGCAACCUCACGACUUCCUGCCGUGCUCCGCCCCGGCGCCCGGCGAGUCCGAGGCCGAGGCGCUUGCUGCGUUCACGGAAGGCGUGGCCGAGCUGCGUGAGGGUGUCGCGGGCGUACCGGACGAGAUCCUUGUUUGCCUGGUGGGCAACAUGGUGACGGAGGAGGCGCUGCCGACGUACCAGACCAUGGGAAACCGCUCGGAAGGCGGCUCCGAUGAGUCUGGCGCCAGCAGCCUCCCCUGGGCGCAGUGGCUGCGCGGCUGGACUGCCGAGGAGAACCGCCACGGCGACCUCCUCAACCGCUACCUCUACCUCUCCGGUCGCGUCGACAUGCGCCAGAUCGAGAUCACCGUCCACCACCUCCUCCGCAACGGCAUGGAAAUGCUGGUGCCCAACAGCCCGUACCACAGCAUGAUCUACGGCGCGUUCCAGGAGCGCGCAACCUUCAUCUCCCACGGCCACACGGGGAGGCUCGCCGGACAGCACGGCGACAAGGCGCUCGCCAAGAUCUGCGGCGCCAUCGCUGCCGACGAGAGGCGCCACGAGGCGGGAUACACCAGGGGAUCCGCGAAGCUGUUCCAAGUGGACCCCGACGGCAUGGUGCGCGCGCUGGCGUAUGUCAUGCGCGGCAAGGUAACCAUGCCCGGCCUGCUCAUGUCGGACGGCCGCGACGGCGGCGAGACUCUGUUCGAGCGGUUCUCCGCGGUGGCAGAGCGCAUCGGGGUGUACACCGCGAGGGACUACGGCGAUCUGGUGGAGCACUUCGUGCGCAGGUGGCGGGUGGCCGAGCUCACUGGGCUGUCCGGUGAGGGCCGGCGUGCGCAGGAGUACGUGUGCGGGCUGCCGCCAAAGAUCCGGAGGAUGGCGGAACUGGCCCAUCAGAGGGCUGCCCGCAGCGAGUCGCGAACGGUGCAGUUCAGUUGGAUCUUUGAUCGAAGUGUCAUGCUGCGCUGAUCCGCGUCCAUCGCUGUGUACUCUAGGCUCAUCUUUGUUCCAUCGCAGCAGUUUUUCUUUUUUCCUUUUGGCUUUCUAUCGUGUGCGUGAUUUCCAAUUAGACACGGAUGAUUCUUACCGCGCGAGUAAGUCCUUUGUGCUAAUAAUCUCCUUAGAUAAUAAAAGGCAUCCACUCUCUUUCA